CGUUUUACUAUGAGCACUACGACACGGUCUACCGAGUGCUUGCGGUGCAGUGCCUUACAUCAAUUACAAUGGCGAAGAAAGAGAAGAUUACAGUCAAAAAGAUAGAUGAUGCUAAGAAAGCUAAAAAGGGCAGCGAGGAGAAAGAGGCCAAGCCCGCAAAGGGCAAGGGCAAGGAUGGAAAGGGCAAGGACAGGAGCAAAUGGGCGGCGCAUGAGGCGGACUUGGAAACGGAGCUGGCAGCGCUGGGGCUGCGCAUUAAGGACAUCACUGGCGACGGCAACUGCUUUUUCCGCGCGCUGGGAGACCAGUUGAAGGGCGAGGAGAAGGUGCAUGCCGAGUUGCGGGCGCGCAUUGUUGGUUUCAUGGCAGACCACGAGGAGGAGUUCGCGCCGUUCGUGGAGGACGACGAGAGCUUCGGCUCCUACGUAGCUCGCAUGAAGAAGGACGGCACGUGGGCUGGCUACAUGGAGGUGGUGGCGGCGUCCCGGUGCUUGGGGGCCAACCUCACCAUCUACCAGGCGGGCCAGCCGCGUUGGCGAGUGGUGCACCACCCCGAGGACACCGCACCCAUGCUGCACCUAGCCUACUCGGACGGCCAGCACUACGACUCGGUGCGCUGUGCGGACGACUACGGACACGGCCCCGCGGCGCCCGUGGUCAUCCGGGGCGACGGCACUGUGCCGGCCCGGCCGCAGCGACCCGUGCGUGACGCCGGCUCGGAGCCCUGGGACGAGCGCGACGAGGCACGUGUGGCCGCCAGCACGGCCUGCCGCGACCUUGGGCUGGUGCGGGCGGCGCUGUCGGCGGCGGGCGGCGACGUGGAAGCAGCCGUGGAGAAGGUGAUUGAAAUGCUGGCGGAGCAGGCGGAGGCGGAGGAGGGGGCGGAGGAGGUGGGGGAGAAGGAGGAGAAGGAGGUGAAGGAGGAGGGGGCAGGGAAGGAGGCGGAGCCGGGGGGAGAGGGGGGCGUCAGCGACGUGGCAAGCAUAACGAAUGGGGCGGGAGAUGGGAGUGGAGGCGGAGGCGCAGGUGGAGGCGGGGGCGGAGGCAGCGGUGGGAACGGCGAGGCGGCCACAGGCGCUCGUCCACCUGAUGCUGAGCCCAAAGUUGGGAGAGGCGGCGAAAUGACGUCGGCAGGAGCAGCGGUGGCGGGAGCAGCGGCGGCGGAAGCGGCGGCGGCGGGGGAAGCGGCGGGGCCGGCACCGGCGCCGGCAGAGGCCCGAGUCCCGUCCACGGCUCUGCGGGAAACAGACGCAGACGCGGCUUCUGCUACAGCCGCAUCUGCAGCCGGAGCUGCAGUUGCCACGGCUACAGCCGCCACAGCUACAGCCGCCACGGCUACAGCCGACCCUGCGACGUCCGCCACGGCGCCCAGCUCUUCGACAACAGGGCCGGGCGGAGCCUCUGCCGACGCGACUGGCGGGGCCGGCGAGCCAGCACCUGGCGAAGCGAAGGGCGCGGGGCGGAAAGCGCCUGACUCGGCAAAGCGGCGCGGGAUUGUCGUCGGCAGUCGCAGCAGUAGCAGCAGCAGCAGCGCCGCCGCGGCCGGCUCCUCCUCGGCGCCCGCCAACAACAAGCGGUGUCCGUGUGGCAGCAAUAAGAAGUACAAGGCGUGCUGCGGACCGGCGGCGGCAGCGGCGGCGCGGCGAAAGGCGGCGGCGGGCGAGGUUGAGGUGGAGGCUGCGGCGGGUUUGGGCACGACGGUGGUGGCGCAGGUGGCAGCGCUGGUGAUUUAAUGAGCGGUGUCUGGGCUGGUGAAUGCGUGAGUCACGCUGCUGGCGGUGGGACUGAUGCGGCAGGUGUGUGUGCUUGUGAUGGUGUGUGGGAACGGGACUUCUUGAUUGGACUGAUUGGACCCUGCCAGUGUGCGCGGCUUGCCGGCUCAUUGAGUCAAAGUAAGCUGCGAUGUC